AUAUCAAAAAUUUAUAUAGAAAAUGUCACAUCAACGAAGCAGCCUUUUGAGUUUUUUUAUUUACAACACUGACUAUGGGAACCGUGAAGGUUAUGAAGAAGAGAAGAUUUUACUUUAUAUUCCUCAAGAAGAUUCUUUAGAUCGAAAAGUUAAAACAGUAGGACUGUGCCAAGCUUUAUCUCAGUUUGUUAUGAUUUUUAAUCCCAGUCACAGUUGUGAAGUCAUGGUUACACAAAAAAUGAAACAAUAUUUUUUAAAUCCAGAAAAAAACUUUUGGAUUGUACUUACCCUUAGUAUCCCAUUUGUUGAAAAAAUAAACAAAGAUAAAAAAGUUUCAGAGUAUUUACCAGAUGAAGUGCAAGAUUCAUUAGGAAAAGCAUCAUUGCAGCUAGCUUAUGACAUGUUUGUUUUAUUUAAUGGUACGUUAACUUUUAUAUUAAACACUGUUGGAUUAGAAUCGCUUAAAGAAAGAUUAGAGUACUUUUAUACAAGAUACCUUCAGACUUUAAACUUUGGUCAAUUGGAUAUAUUAGAUGUUUACCAAGGAAUUACUUAUUUACCACUCAAUAAAAAUGACUUUCUUAAAGUUAAUUGUUUUAGCAAUUUAGUUGAAGCAACUUUUAAAUCAGUCAGGCAUGUUUGUCUUUUAUACAAUGACCAAUUAAUAUGGACAACUUUGAAUUGUAAUAACCUUAAAAUUCUGUAUAAAUACUUGACUUCAAGUUUGCUGCAACCCUCAGCUGAAGAUGAGACUAUUAAAAAGUUGUCUCCUAAUACGUCCCUUAAAAGUUCACCAAAUGGUUUUUAUCCUAACUCCACAAAUAACUACAAUGUAUCUAAUUCAGGUAGGUUUGUGACAGGUUUUGUUGAAAUUGCUUCUUUAGACUCUGGAUCACCAAAGCGUGCUCCAAGAGUAUUUGUAGAUGUUAAUGGUUUGCCCUGUGAACUUAACUUGAUUGUAUAUAAAGCCUGCAAUCUUGUGUUUUGUUUAAUAGUUGAUUUACAAUCAUUAAAUUCUGAACUAUGUACGAAAAUUCAUAAAAUGAUUGGCCCCCAACUUUCUACUUUAUCAAAUGUUUUUACAGAGCAAGUAUUAAAACGUUCUUCUACUCCAUUGGAGCAACAAUUUACUUUUGUUUAUUUUAAUUCAAUGAACUUAGCAAUUAAGUCUAGUAUCUAUACACGUAGAUCUCAGUCUAAUGUAAGUAAUGUUUCUCCAGAAAUUAUGCAAAUGUUAAUAGAUUUACAUGAGGAUUUUGAUUCAUUUAAAAUAGAUGGAGAAAUUAUUGCAAAGUAUACAUCUGAUUGGUGGAUUGUUGGUAAAAGAUCGAAAUUUCGUGAGUUUUUUGUUGUUCUUAAUCAAAAGAAUGCAACAAUAGUUGAAAUCAAUGAAGAAGUUAGCCAGCUAAUUAGUAGUAAUUUUAGCAAUAUAUAUUUAUAGAUAUAUAAAAAUAUUUUAAUGUUUCAAAAUAAAAUUUGUUUAUUGUUUUUACAUGUUUUUUUAUUUUUCUUACAGCACCAAAAAUAUAUAAUUUUCUUUUUUUAAAACUUGUAAUUAUUUGUAAUAGAAUAUACAAUAGUAUGUUGAUACCAA